GCCUCGUCCUGCGCCGCCGGCCGCCCGUCCCUCGGGAGACAUGUCGCAGCUCCUGCCCGAGGCGGCGGGGCUUUAAACGCCGCGGAGCCCGGUAACUCCGGGACUGCCGGGCCCCGUGGAGCCGGGGAAGCCCCGCAGGCUGGGGCGGACAGUCGGCCGACUCCGCACUUCUCCGCUGGGAGGGGCUGACGGGCCUUCGAGGCUGAGGCGCCCGGCAUCCCGCGGCCCUCAUCGAAGCGCUCCCGGGGCACCUUCGGUUCUUGCGUCCGGUUUCCGUAGCAUAGCCCUUCCUGGAAACGUGCGCCGGGGUUCAGUUCGCGGGGGCUCAACGCACAGAGAGAAAGUCCAGGCUCACGGCUUAUAUUCUCCCAUUCCUCCCUCAGUGCUAUAGCCAACCUUUCCAUAAGCGACUCUUCGCGGCGCGGGCCCCGGGGCCCGAGGAAAGGUCAGGGCCAGCGGCGCCCAUUGGGGAGGAGUUGCGUGUUGGGCUGGGAAAAGGAAGCCGGGUCGUAAGCUAGAACCUGGACUUUUAAAAGAGAAGAGGCAUUUACAAGAUUAAAUUUCUACCGAAAAUCUCAAGAUUAGCCAUUCUUUUAUUGGACAGCUGAUCGUCCUAGGAUUAGGUGGGCUUUGGACCCGUUCCUUACUUAAAAAUCAGCUAUGACAUGGUACAUUAUGGGCAUUCAAACCAGCUUCGUCAGGCACGGGCCAUGGGAGAUUACCUUGUCGUAGGGGUCCACAAUGAUGAGGAGAUUGCCAAGCACAAGGGCCCUCCUGUCUUCACUCAGGAGGAGAGAUACAAGAUGGUCCAGGCCAUCAAGUGGGUGGAUGAGAUUGUGGCUGGUGCUCCUUACGUCACUGCCCUGGAGACUCUGGACAAAUACAACUGUGAUUUCUGUGUUCACGGCAAUGAUAUCACCUUAACUGUGGAUGGGCGGGACACCUAUGAAGAAGUGAAGAAAGCUGGGAGAUACAGAGAAUGUAAACGUACCCAGGGAGUCUCUACUACUGAUCUAGUUGGCCGGAUGCUGCUCAUGACCAAGGCCCAUCAUAGCAGCCGGGAAUUGCCUUCAGAAUACCGGGAGUAUACUGACAGCUUUGGCAAGCCCCUUCACCUAGUACCUGCUGGGGCAGGUAUUUGCCCAGAAGGCUUCUCCCAGUGCCCAAGGAGCCACAGCCCCUGGACCGGAGUGUCACAGUUUUUACAGACAUCUCAAAAGAUCAUCCAGUUUGCCUCUGGAAAGGAGCCAAAACCAGGAGACACCAUCAUUUACGUGGCUGGGGCCUUUGACCUGUUCCAUAUUGGACAUGUGGCUUUUUUGGAGAAGGUUUACCAACUUGCAGAGCGACCAUACAUCAUUGCAGGCUUACAUUUUGACCAGGAGGUGAAUCACUACAAGGGAAAGAACUACCCCAUCAUGAAUGUACAUGAGAGAACACUAAGUGUGCUGGCCUGCAGGUAUGUGGCUGAGGUAGUGAUUGGAGCCCCAUAUGCCGUCACAGCUAACCUCCUUGAUCACUUCAAGGUAGACCUGGUGUGCCACGGGAAGACCGAGGUCAUGCCUGAUAAGGAUGGUUCAGACCCAUACCAGGAACCCAAGAGAAGGGGCAUCUUUCGUCAAAUCGAUAGCGGCAACGACCUCACCACAGACCUCAUUGUACAGAGAAUUAUUAAGAACAGCAGAUUAGAGUAUGAAGCAAGAAAUCAAAAGAAAGAAGCUCGGGAGCUAGCUGUCCUGGAGGCCAUAAAAAAACGAGAGGCAAUGCCCGAAGGGGCAGCGGUGCAGGUGGAGAGCCCCUGUGAGGCCUAGUCCCAAGUGGCUCAAGCAGCACGCCUGUCCCUCCUUCCCCGGCCCCACCCUGUCUUCCUCCUGAGUGGGGGCACUGCCUUUGGCUCUGCUCACCUUCUCUUGCCUUUCUGAUUUUAGAAUUUGUCACACCUACCGUUUUAAUGAAGCUGAGACCCCUUUUUAAUCUAGCCUGACUUGGGAGUAACUUGAAGCCUUGCCCGACUAGGCCAGCAGGGUGCUGCCGGGGGCUGGUGGAAGCGAACUCUCGGUGCUGGGUCUCCUGGGGUGUUUUUAGAAGGUUUGGAUUCUCCAGUAACACUUCCUGCCUAGGCUCUACUGCUCUGACUUCAUAGGAAAACAGGAGGACCUGCCAGCACUCUGAGCAUUUGGAAUCCGAGCCACGAGCAGGCUCUGGCUGCUCUUAAUCCCAGCUUCUCUUCCCUUGGCACUUCCCACCUCCCAGGAAGGGAGAGGAUCACAGUUGCCUGGGGCCUCGCCUGACAUUAAGCACAAUCCUAAUGGGCUUAGGAAACUUGUCUUCCACUGUCCCCCAAGAAGCAGGGUUUUCUCUGCCUGGCCCCCAUCCAGCCUCACUUCUUGACUGGUGUGAGGGGGGAGGGGAGGGUCAGACAUACCCAAAAGGGAAUGAUCCAAAUGGUGGCCUUCCUUCUCCUUAGGAAGGGGAUCCCAUUUCCCUAAACUUUCUUGCUGCUUCAUCCCUUUAUUCUCCUUAUGGUGAGAGUUAUACUCCAAAGCAUCCUGCGUGCGGCCUGAGCUCUAGGACCUUUGGUUUUCACCUGCAACUUUGCUGCCUAGGGCCCCAUAGUCCUCCCCUCAUCCUGCUGCUCCCUGUACAGACUUUGUAUUCUGAUUUUUGUACCAAACUGGCUGUUGUAAAUUUCCUUGUCAGUGGAACUUAAUAAAAUAUGGUGGGGAUACGUGCACUCCCUCUCAGAUAUUAGUCUCUCUUUCAACCCUUGAGGAGAAACAAGGAAAGAAUAUGGUACUGGAGGGAACAGAUGUGCCUUACUCUUGUUUAUCUGCUGGCUUAUAGGAGAGAGUCUUUCCCAAUGCUGAGAUGCCGGUUAUGUAUCUUUGAUGACAGCUCCCCUAGUUAACCACUCAGAAAUGCCAGUCCCCUCAGGGCUCCAUGUCACUCCCCCAGCAGCAUUAAUAAAUGGGGAUGAGGAGAACAAGCCAGUGUGUGCUUUUCAGACCAAAUCUGAUUAAGCUCAAGGCACCAAACUUCCCUUGCCCCUUCAGGGAACUAGAGGAAUCAGAAAACCAUCUUUCUGGCUGUCUUGUUAAACUGAAGAUUAAAACUUUGUUCCCUACUUAUGAGCAAUGCUGAGUUUGUGGGGGGGAGGAUUUAGGUUCUGUUCAUCAUCCCAGGAUCUCUUCUUGUACCUAGCUGUGCGCAGCUCUGGGGCCUGUAGACCUGGGAUCACACUGGAUUUUAGUUUUCUUAGCAAGGAAGUAGGCCUGUACCUGUUGGGUGCCCAAGUAUUUUAGCACUAGACUGUUCCUUUUUGCCCACUGUGGCCAACCCUCAAUUUUCUGUGCUUUCCUCUGAAACUUCAGCAUCCCCAUUUGGUUCAAUACCGUCAUCCCAGCAGUAGUAUGGCUUAGAACCUAUUUUCUUCCCUAAAAUUGAGCGCUGGCCCCCCACAUCUGUGUCGCACUUAGCUGCACCUCUUUUAUUGGGAUGAUUCAGAUCCUUGGGGUUUAGAUUGUUAAAUCUCUGUGGUGUUCUGUUUUCCCACAGAGGAAGUCCUUCCCCUUCCUAGGGUCUUCAGGUAUCUGUAGGCCAAUGCCCCUUACAGGGAGAAUGGAGAGUAUGAAAUAUUCCUGCAUCUCUGUGGUCUUGUGCACCAGAUUGUCGUGGUGUGGAAGGAACUGUGAGAGGACAAAGGGAUGGGACAGGAGGUGCCCACUCUAGCAGAGAGCUUCAGUGGCUACUGCCAAAGAAACUGGCCUGACUGGAUUCUAAAAGUUACCUUCUUCACCUGACUGUGACACCAGUCCAAACUCUAGGGCUAAGUAGUUUCCAGAAGAGGAUUUGACAGUUUAAGUAAUUGUGUCCCUGCUAGUGCUCUUGGCUAAGUUUGUGCUAUCAAGUCCCCUAGGAGCAGAGUUCUCAAGACAAUGUCUCUAGGGACUGUAAUGUAGCAGUGUGGAUAAGAAGAGGUAUUGAGCUACAUCUCAGUUGGAAAGUCAGAAGGGAUCAGUCAGGGACAGGCUCUUUGUCCUCCCAAUCAGUGAUGUACCAGGACUCCAGUACUUAGCUACCUCCAAUCAGCAGCCAGAAGGCUGAACUCCAGGAAUUGCAAGGGGAGGGCUACAUUCAACCCCUACUGCUUCCUUAUUCUUUACAUGAGGUCCAGUCAGGGUGAAAUGGCCAAGAUUUUGAAGUAAUAGCUUCAGUCAAUUGCAUCAAUAUAAUUCAAGUGUUUUUAAUCUGGGAUACAUGGACAUCAAUGGAUAGAUUAAAGGAAAUCUGUGGACUUAGUGGAGAGAAAGUAACUUUUAUUUCACUAUGAUUGGUUUCCUUUUAUUGGUUUGUAUUGUAUUCCUAUGUAUUGAUUUCCUUUGUAUCUACAUGUUUAAAAGCAUUCUGAAACAGUUUACAGAUUUCACCAGAAAGCAUAAGCUAUUUACUGUCAUUGGCAUGGUAGGAAAAGGGUACACUGGGUAAAAGAAAGCAAAAAAGGUGCCUCUAUAUAUGUGUGUAUGUACAUAUUGCAUUUGUUUUAUCAAAUUAUAUCUAUCAUACUAUGACGGGUAAGGGGCCGGAGUUACAGCUUAGAAUUGGAAGUCCUGUUUGUGUGUGUGUGUGUGUGUCUCUCUCUCUCUCUCUCUCUCUCUCUCUCUCUCUCUCUCUCUCUCUGUCUCCCCCCCUCCCUCCAAUAGAGCCAAGACCAAUUCAUUAGGCAAACCAGGGACAUGCUAUAACCUCGUGCCCCGAGGCAGAAAAGCAGUAAAACGAAGAUGAGUGUGGGAGACUCCAAUUUCUGUUCAUAAAUCAAACAAGCAAAAUGAGUUAACACUUGCCACAGGCAGAGUGUUCUCAGCACUCCCUCCCCCAUAUACCAAAUUAAUAUAUUAGCUUCCAAAGUGCCUUCAGGCUUUCAUCCCAUCAAUUAUCUCUUGAUAUGAUGAAAUCCCAGUUCCAAGAUCUAGUCAGAAACUAUUAGUGGGUGCAAAGAUUAUUGUGUUUUUAAAGUACCAUAUAGUUCAUAUAAUGUACCAAGGUUCUUCCUGCACCAGAAUUCCCCCAUUGUUUCAUCUUAUAGCCAGUCUGUGCUGAUCAACUUCCCACUCCCCCCCCACCUUCCUCCCCUCAAAAAAUCCUUAGCCUAGAUUCUCGUUGGAGUCCUAUUUGGCACUGUCUUCCAACUUUCCCUUUCUCUCUAUGAAUUGUUGUGAGACCCAGAAGGAAUUGAAGACACAGUUGGCCAGAAUCCAUAGAGAGAUGGAAUAUGAUCUGGAUUUACUAGAUGAAUUGUAAGACUAUGUGAAGCCCCCUAGUUUACCUGGAGAAAGGAGCUCAUUUCCAAAAUUCAGUUCAAGGGAUUCAAGGGAGUCAAAACUAUUUCAGUCACCUGAAAUAACUGAAUUAAGAUAGGAGUUGAAGACAAGACUAUCCUUCAGUCUAUAGCAAGACCAGAUUCCUUAACACUUUCAUCCUAGUCUUUUCAACCAAAAAUACUAAUCACUCAAGAACUGUGACAAAAAUCUACUUUUGAACAUAGAACUUAUAGAGCUGGGUAUGAGGCAUGGAAACUGAACUCCCACCACCUAAAGUGCACCAAUUUUAAAUGCAUUGAUUCAUUCAACCAACAUAGUGUGUAUCAACUUAUAGGUAAGACACUAGUAUGUCCUGGGAGAGGGAUGAGUGAUACAGUCCUUUCCUAAAGAAUCUGUAGACUUAGGAUGUAAGAGAUCAGCUAUUUAUGUUUUCAUUUAUUUUGGUCUGUCCUGAUCAAUAACAGUAGAAAGUAUUCCCAAUGAGGAAACCCUCCAUCAAUGCAAGUGAGAUAAUAUGUAAAAAACACUUUGUAAACAUUAAAGCACUAUAAAUACUG